AUGUCGCUGGCCAAGAGAAACGACGGCAAGUCCCGCGCACCUCGCCGUUGUCCACCCCGCGCGCCUGCUAACCAGGGCGCCAUCCUUCCUGUAGGCUGCUGCGAGUGCCGCAUGCGCCGCGUGCGCUGCGACAAGACCGAACCGGAAUGCCUCAAGUGCCGCAAGAAGGGGAUCGCGUGCUCCGGGCAAGGCUUCGAGUGCCGCUUCAGCAAGCACAUGCGGAAGAGGCAGGCCGGCCCCGUCGCGCCCUGGGCCGUCACCGCCGCCGCACCACCCAAGGACCUCACAUGGGUCCAGCAGAGCCUGCAGGAGGGCACCGCCGCCGCCACAUGGCAGCUUGAGGCGUCGUCCAGCGCGCCUCGGCCUGGCAGCUGCGCCGGGGCCCCUCCGACCACCACAGCCACAGACACGGACACGGACACAGACACAGACACAGCCACGGCCACGGCCACGGCCACGGCCUCGGCCACAGCCGCGCGCGCCGUCGUGCCAAGAGGCAGCGCCGCCGGGUCGUCCGGGUGCCUCCGCGGCGCGCUCCAAACGGUGCCGUGCCGGUCGCGGGUGUUUUUUGACCACUUUUCCAACUUCAUCGCGUCGAAAAUGGUCGUCUUUGAUUUCCAGGGCAACGGCUACCGGCAGAUUCUCCUGCCGCUGGCCUGCCAGAACGGGCUCGUGGGCCAGGCCGUCUCCGUCGUCGCGGCCUUCCAUCUCGCCCAAAAGAUCCCGUCCAUGCACGCUGCGGCGGAACGCAGCCAGGAGCUCAUCCUGUCCCGGCUGCGGCAGCAAUCCCUCCGCUUGGACCCGCGGACCUUCUGCAGCCUGUCGACCUGGGCCACCAUUUUGGUGCUUCUCGUCGGUGACACCAUUACCGGCUCGAGCAACUACGUCUACUUGUUGCAGCUGCUGUCCCGCCUGGCGCAGUCGGCUGCUGACGACGCGUCCCUGUCGGACGCCACCAAGGCCUUUGUGGCAGAACAGACCAAAAUGUUCCAGCUCUUUGGCUUCCCGCUGUCGAGCGAAAGCCAGGGCGUGCAGACGCUGUCGACGUCGCCCGAUUACUACCUCGACUUCAUGACGUCUCACCCAGCGCUAGCGUCCAACCAGGAAAACUACAGCAACGUCAUGAUCAUGAAGGAUGCCAUCCGCCAAGCCUGCUCCAUCUACCGCAACCGAGCCUCCCACCAGGCCACGCCGGAGUCUUCGGCAGAUGCCGUGGAGCGCCUUCGGCAGACCGCCAUGAAACUGGGCCCCGACGCCGACGGCAGUCACGCCCUCGUCUGGGCUUUUUUCGUAGCCGCCGCAGAAAGCUCCCUGCCUGAACACCGUGACUUUUUCUACAACAGGCUCAAGGGCUUGUUCCAAUGUACCAGGUUCGGAAGCAUUCCACUUGCUCUUCAGACGCUGGAUUACAUUUGGGCAAGACAGGAGACGGCAAACUGGACGGAAAUCGUAACCCACCAACGACCCAUUCUAAUCAUGUGA